AAAAAGAGAAGUUGUCUCCAAGAUGUUGAGAGGAAAGUUGGGAAAUCGAUUCCCCAAGAACAAGCACGGGCCGCUAUCAUUGCCCCUGACCCCGCCUAAGUCGCUAGGGAUAGCCCCUCCCCCACCUUCCUUUAUAUCCCCACACCGGGAAUAUCGGGUAGAUGAUCUUCCACGGGAUCGCUACUACGUCUCUCGACUUGCACUUGCCGGACAUGGCGGGGCCAAGCUAGAGUUGGCAAAGAAGGACCCCUUAUCCCCCUUAUCCCCAUCGAUCUUGCCUUCGUGGACCGAAGCAACGCCUCACAGUGGCGCCCGCCAUCGGAACGGAGGGGCUGCCCUCGGCAAGAGAUUGUCCUACCAAAAUGUUCCUGGUGUAACCAAUGGCCAUUUCCUUCAUCAGCCGACUGUCAAUAGUCUCCAUUAUCUUCGUCGUCAUUAUUCUUGUCUUCAUAAGGGCGUUAUUUCCACCCCCACGACAAAUCUUUCGAACGUUCCGUCAUUUGUCGCCAGAUCAUCUAGAUCAUAUAGUACCAAGGCUCCCACACAUCUCCCGCCGAAGUCGAGAUCAGCUCUCACAAGUGUCCAACAGAGGCACGUUGCACUAGAUAAAUUUAGAAGCCAAUCACUUCAUAACUUGUCGACUCCGAAGCCCAAAAUGUAUACGGCGUCGUCUGCCUUUUUUGAGGCGAUGUGGGAGGCCGGGGUCACCCACUGCUUCGUCAACCUGGGUUCGGACCAUCCUAGUAUUAUCGAGGCCAUGGUCAAGGGGCAGAGGGAAAGCAAAGGGAAAUUCCCACGUAUCGUCACGUGCCCCAAUGAGAUGGUUGCCAUGUCAAUGGCUGACGGCUAUGCACGUCUGACAGGCAAGCCUCAGUGCGUCAUCGUCCACGUCGAUGUAGGUACUCAAGGUCUAGGGGCUGCCGUUCACAACGCGAGCACCGGACGUGCUCCGGUCCUCGUCUUCGCCGGGUUGAGCCCGUUCACUCUCGAGGGAGAGAUGCGGGGCUCGCGGACCGAGUACAUCCACUGGAUCCAGAAUGUACCCGAUCAGAGCCAGAUUCUCGGCCAGUACUGUAGGUACGCGGGAGAAAUUAAAACGGGUAAGAAUAUCAAGCAGAUGGUCGGCCGAGCCUUACAAUUCGCGACGAGCGAUCCUCAAGGUCCGGUCUACCUGACUGGGGCUAGAGAGGUGAUGGAAGAGGAGAUUGUCCCAUACUCGCUAAACCAAAGCGAAUGGGAAAAGGUCGAACUCGGUGGCUUAACACCAAAGGCCUCGAAAGAAAUUGCAGACGCAUUACUCGGAGCUAAAAAGCCAUUACUUCUCACGGGAUUCUCAGGCCGGAACCAGAAAGUCCCGCCAGCCCUCGUGGAAUUAGCGAAUACCGUGAAAGGAUUGCGUGUGCUUGAUACCGGUGGCAGUGAUAUGUGUUUUCCUGCAUCUCAUCCCGGUUGGCUUGGGCUUCGAUUCGGUAUCGAGCCCGCGAUAGAAGAAGCGGACGUCAUUCUCAUAUUAGAUUGCGACGUCCCUUGGAUCCCAACACUUAACAAGCCGAAGGAAGGUACCAAAGUCUUCCAUAUCGAUGUUGACCCCCUGAAGCAACUUAUGCCGCUCUUCUAUGUACCGGCUCGGCACAGAUAUCGUGCGGACGCUCUAGUAGCAGUAGAGCAGAUCACAUCCGAAGCUAAGACACUACUUCCGGCGUUCGAUACCGCAGACAUUGCGAAGAAAUGGGACGCCCUUCAAGCAUCAUACAAGGAGCGUUUAGAUUCCAUCGAAUCUAAGACGAUCCCAGCAGAGGAUGGCUCUUUCGGCACGGGGCACCUCUGCAAGACCCUGAAAUCCUUAUGUCCGGAAGAAACGAUCUGGGCUGUCGAGGCAGUCACGAACACAGGGUUCGUACAUGAUAACAUACGGCCAGAAGCCCCGGGAUCGUGGAUUAACUGUGGUGGAGGCGGACUAGGCUGGUCUGGCGGUGGUGCUCUAGGAAUCAAGUUGGCAACGGAUGUCGAGAACGGCGGUAAGGGUAAGGGCAAGUUCGUCGUACAGAUCGUAGGUGACGGUACGUUCUUGUUCUCGGUCCCUGGCAGCGUCUACUGGAUCGCGAAGCGCUAUAAUAUCCCGACCUUGACUAUUGUCCUAAAUAACAAAGGCUGGAAUGCUCCGCGAAAAUCGAUGCUUCUUGUGCACCCGGAUGGCUUGGGCUCCAAGGCGACAAACGAGGAGAUCAAUAUCUCGUUCGAUCCCGUGCCAGAUUACUCAGGCAUCGCCAAGGCAGCUGCUGGGGGCGAUUUAUUUGCCGCGAGGGUAGAUAAGGCGGAGGAUCUGGAGAAGACUAUCAAGGAGGCUAUCAAAGCUGUCGAGGGCGGCCAGAGCGCGGUUCUGGACUGCAAAGUCACGCUUGGUUCUUAAUGACCUCGUUUAGGUACCCAUUUAAGGUGGUUCUAUAGCUGAUAUAGAUGGUGACAAGAGAAUUGGGCGAAUAUACAGAGUAACGAGUGAUGAUACGUAAAUGGCUGCGGUAUUAAUCGGUCUGCCAUGAUUAAGAAUUGAGUUCAUAGAAUGCAGUCAAAGAAAAAUGUUACUGCUUCUGAUGCCUCACACAUGCAUGCUGCUGAUUAAAGCGAUGGGUCGUAUUCGCAACUUUCUAUAUCAAUCACGGAUGCCGUGA